AUGGCAUCACACCCGUUGGACUUCAGCAAGGAUUUGGGUGCACCCAUGGGAGCUAUGCUGCUAGGCAGCGAAGCCCUGCUAUGCCAAGAAAGAAGAAUAAGAAAGAAUAUCGGUGGUGGGAUGAGACAAGCAGGAGUCUUGACUGCAGCAGCACAAGUCGCCGUGGACGAGCAGUUUGGAGACGGCGAAUGGGGAUCUAGGAGCGGAAAACUGAGAAACGUACACGAACUCGCGAAACGAGUAGGGAAAAUGUGGGAACUCAAAGGCGGCAAGUUGCAAAAGCCUGUGGAAACAAACCAGGUCUGGAUGAACUUGGAUCGGUUCGGAGUGACCGCUGAAGAAUGGGAUGCGACAGGAGAGCGUAGAGGUUUGUUGCUGGAUGGACCUAGGCUUGUACUCCACCAUCGAAUAACCGAAGACGCAUUGAGUCGGCUGGAUGCGGCAUUUGCUAAUUUGUUCCAAACCAAAGAUUAG